ACAAUCACAUUCCUCAAUCUCUUGAAUCAUCAAUUCAAUUACAAGAUUAUUAUUCAUUACCAACAAAAGCAAAUAAGCCUAACCAUGGUGAUCACCCAAUACCAAGUUUUCCUUCUCAAAGAAAUUUCCAUAUCCAUUUUCAUCUUCUUAAUAACCCAAUUCAUAUUAGGCUCUCUCCUAAAAAACAAUCACAAAAAACUUCCACCAGGCCCAAAAGGUUAUCCAGUUGUAGGUGCACUCCCACUCAUGGGAACCAUGCCUCAUGUAACCCUCUUCAAAAUGGCACAAAAAUAUGGACCCAUAGUAUACCUUAAAAUGGGAUCACACAACAUGGUUGUAGCCUCCAAUCCUUCAUCAGCCAAAGCAUUUCUCAAAACACUUGACCUUAAUUUCUCCAAUAGGCCAUCAAAUGCGGGUGCAACUAACCUAGCAUAUGAUUCACAAGACAUGGUUUUUGCUGACUAUGGUUCUAGGUGGAAAUUACUUAGGAAACUAAGCAAUUUGCACAUGCUUGGUGGAAAGGCACUUGAAGAUUGGUCUAAAAUUCGUGCGGACGAAAUGGGGCACAUGAUUCGUGCAAUGUACGAUUUUAGCAAGAAAGACGAGCCGGUUGUUGUUUCCGAAAUGUUGACAUAUUCUAUGGCUAAUAUGAUUGGUCAAGUUAUUUUAAGUCGUCGUGUUUUCGAAAACAAAGGUUAUGAAUCAAAUGAAUUUAAGGAUAUGGUUGUUGAACUCAUGACUACAGCUGGAUACUUUAACAUUGGUGAUUUUAUACCAAUUCUUGCUCGGUUGGAUCUUCAAGGAAUUGAAAGAGGAAUGAAAACAUUACAUUACAAGUUUGAUGCUUUGUUGACAAGGAUGAUUGACGAACAUGUGGCUUCUAGUCUUAAAAGGAAUCGGGAUAAACCUGAUUUCUUAGACACUCUUAUUGCUCAAAGUACACAAAAUUCUGACGGAGAGAGAUUAACACUCACAAACAUCAAGGCACUACUCUUGAAUCUAUUUACAGCAGGAACGGAUACAUCAUCAAGUAUAAUAGAGUGGGCCCUAGCAGAAAUGUUAAAGAAUUCAAAAAUAAUGAAAAGAGCCCAUGAAGAAAUGGACCAAGUAAUAGGUAAGCAAAGACGUCUCGAAGAAUCAGAUAUUCAAAACCUUCCUUACUUACAAGCCAUUUGCAAAGAGACAUUUAGAAAACACCCAUCAACACCACUAAACUUGCCUAGAGUUUCUUUAGAACCAUGUCAAGUGAAUGGGUAUUACAUCCCAAAAGGUACUAGGCUAAGUGUCAACAUUUGGGCCAUAGGAAGAGACCCUAAUGUGUGGGAAAACCCAUUGGAGUUUAAUCCAAAUAGAUUUUUAAGUGGGAAAAAUGCUAAAAUUGAUCCACGUGGAAAUGAUUUUGAGCUAAUUCCAUUUGGUGCUGGGAGAAGAAUUUGUGCUGGGACAAGGAUGGGAAUUGUACUUGUUCAAUAUAUUUUGGGCACUUUGGUUCAUUCAUUUGAUUGGAAGCUACCAAAUGAUGUUGUGGAUUUGAAUAUGGAUGAGUCCUUUGGGCUUGCCUUGCAGAAAAAAGUUCCUCUUGCUGCUCUUGUUAGCCCAAGAUUGUCUCCAUCUGCUUAUAUUUCUUAGCUAGUUUCUUCUCUUUGCUCUUUGUAUUUCGACAAAAAAUACUUCUGAAUCCUUAUUAUGUAGAUUGCUCAUUGGGCUCACCAACUAUGUUCAAGCCUUGUCUAUUGUGUGUUAUUUUUUGUAACAUGAUCAAUUGUGUGUUUUUUUUUGUUUAUGUUUUUGUUUUUCUUUUGUAUAAAUCGUGUGUUUUUGUU